AUGAUACAGCCACGCGAGUUGGAGACGCCGUUUAACAAGUCGCCGCUGGUGCGGGCUGUGACGGCGUUCCUCAUGGUCUUUAGCAUCCUCGCCGUCAUAACCCGCAUCGCCACGCGACUGCUCACGGCGGGCAGCCUCAAGGCCGACGACCACACAGUGAUUGCUGCGACAGCGCUGGCCGUUGUGCAGUCGAUAGUCGUCAUCCUGCAAGCCGCCAACGGCUUUGGGCAGCAUGACGACACCCACCCUGGCCAGAUUUCAUUCAUUCUCAAGUGCAUGUAUGCGGCCAAUGUUUUGUACAUUGCUACGCUUGCAGUCACAAAAAUUUCCGCUUCCAUGACGGUGAUGAACGUGGCGCCGCUCGAUCGCAGGCGUGGCAUAUUUUCGGUCAUGGCUGUCAUUGUCCUGUGGGCAGUCUCGGCAGCCAUCGCUGUCCUUUUCCAAUGCCAAGUCUCGGCGCCAUGGAACUUUACGACUGGACAAUGCAUUAAUUUGCCUGCGUUCUGGUCGUAUUUUGAGGUGCUCAACAUUGCCACUGAUCUGGCCACCAUCGUUGCCAUUGGCGAGCUGGUUUGGAACAUCCAAGCCCAAAAAUCGAUGAAAAGCUUGGUUAUUUUUAUAUUCGGCAGUCGAUUAAUUAUCAUUCCGGCUGCUGUGUGCCACAUCGUAUACGUCAACAAGGCCGCACAGGCAUACAAGUCGACGAGUGACACGUUCGAAUUUUGGCCACCGGUUAUCAUCAGACAGGUUGUGCAGUGCCUCAGCAUUGCCACCGCCUGCAUACCAUACCUCAAGCCAUUCCUGGACAAUUUGGAGUCUGGACAGAUGAGGGCCGGCGAUGCCCUCUUGUACAUCAAGUCAGGGUCUGGCAACAGCGGGAAUAAGAGCUCCCGCACUCGAGAGCGGAAGAAGACGGGGGCUGAUUCGCACACCGCCCAGAGUGCGCAAAAGUCGAAUCCUGGGUCCUCGGCGACGAGGCCGUUUGAGCUGUCUGACAUUGCCAAUAACCACAAAGGCGCAAAAAUGACGACGACGAUUAUGCACGAUGAUGCGCAGCCGUCGUGGGACGGACAGAGCCAAUCCAGCCAAACAGUGCUGGUACAGCAGUCGUGGCGCGUCGACGUCGAGGCCAGGCCCAACUCGCAGGUGUAG